AUGUACAUUAAGAAGCUGGCAUUAUGGCCGUGGUUAAUCCGCAAGAAAAAGAUAUUAAAACCGAUAGAAAAUAAUUUGGUAUCAAAAGAAGGUUUGCAAACGAGAAUUAAAGAAAUUAUCAAUGCGUUUGCACCUUCAUAUUUGGAUCGAAACGAUCCAAUUGCUUCUUCGAUAAUAGAUACUUCGCAUCCGCAUCCGUGGUUCAGAAACAGUUUUACUGACGAGGAAUGGGCUAUCAUUUCGGAUACAAAGAGCUGUAUAAUAAAUAAUGGCAACGAAAUUAUAAGUGAAAUUAAUAUUAACGAAAUGAAAAAUCAUUUGUAA